AUGAACAGCGUAGCGACUAUUCCGAAGGAAAACGCAAGCUACUGCGACGUCGCUUACUGGGAUGACAGGUAUCGGAACGAGGACACUUACGACUGGCUGCUUCCCUACCAUACGUAUGCUCACCUCAUCAAACAGCACGUCCACGAUACCGACCGGAUACUCAUGUUAGGUUGUGGAAAUAGUCCGCUCAGUGAACUGCUGUACAAGGACGGCUUUAGGAACAUUGAAAACAUUGACUAUUCCCACGUUGUGAUCAACAACAUGUCGGUACACUGCAGCGAUUGUGCCAAAAUGAAGUGGCACGUCAUGGAUGCCACGAACCUUCAGUUUUUGGAGAGCUCGUUUGACGUAGUAAUAGAGAAAGCCACCAUUGAUUCAAUGAUGGUAAAGGAAAAGGACCCGUGGAAUGUGUCGGAACAGACCAAAGCGACAGUGACCAAGGUUCUCAGUGAGGUCAGCCGUGUGUUGCGCAGUGGUGGCCGCUUCAUUUCCAUCACGUUUGCACAGCCCCAUUUUCGCAGCCCGCUCUACGCAAAUGUUCAGUAUGACUGGUCUGUCGACACGUUCAAGUUUGGUACCAGCUUCCACUACUUCUGCUAUGUCAUGACCAAGGGCCGAGAACUUUCUUUGGGUGCCACACCAUGCUACCACCUGCCAAUCUUUCGACGGAAUUCAAACGCUAGCCAAAGCAGCGAACCUGAAAACGAGGACUUUCUUUUGAAGAUUUUAGCCUCCUGACACUAGUAUGAUAUUUAGUUCUUUUCACAUUUCUAGUUUUUACCUUGGACUGAGAUUUAUAGAGCAGCAUAUAUGACACUUGUUUGUCAUAGAUGCAUUAUUGAAACUGAAAAUUGCUUCCUAAUAUAUGGCAGCAGUCAGCUAAGUCAGUUGGUUGGGGCUUUUCCAAAAUUCAGCAGACAUUUCAAUUUUGAUAACAUACAUGUUGUCUUGGUUCAAUUUGUCUUGUGCAAUAUUAACUGUGCUUUGAGAAAAUGAAACGCUAUUUAAUGUUUCUUGUUAGAAAGGCCCUGAAACACUUUCUGAACAUACACAUUAUGAGGACAUAUCUGUUGACAAGCUCCUGUGAACAUGCGAGCCAAAUGUUGCUGCAAAAAUUGGCUGCCAUCUCACCCUGUGUCUUGAAUAUCCAGCAAAGCUGCAUCACUGCACACAUGCUAAGGGGUGGCGGAAGGGUGGGAGGGUAUGUUGGUAUCAUUUUAUCAUUUUGCGUAGACGUAAGUAUUGUUUUAUCAUUAGGUUUAAGCAAUUGUAGAGAUAAUUGCUUUGUGGUAACUGUGGUAUGCCAUGAUUGGUUGUGCGACCAUUUUAAGCAAGACAGAUUUGUUCCUUUCAUCUAGCAUUGCAUUCAUGCUGUUCUUCUGAUGCCUUUGAUUUUCUGGUGCCAUGGGCGGUCUAUCAUGGCAGUCUUAAAAUGAACUGAAUGAGUUUCUAGAUGGGCCUCUCUUUCAUAUAAGAAAGCAGGAAGCUUGUGGGGUGAAAAGAGGGCUGUUUCAUGUCAUUUGGAAACCCUGUGUAAGGUACAAUAAACUGCAACCUGAUUUUUAGCAGGAAUGCAAGGCAGGGUGCUGCUAUUGUUCACAGGAGCCUUACCAUCCCUUAUGUGGUGUUAUGUGUGUUGUGGAGUUUUCUUUAUUGAAAUGGAUGCUGAGUUCUAUAAUGUUUGCCUGAUUGCAAAGAAAGAUAACGCCUUUUGCCUUCAAUUGUCAAAGGGCCUCUAAGCCGUCCAGAGGUUGAAGUUCAGUUUGGACGUCGCAGUUGUAUACAAGUCUGUAGUAAACCUGUUCAUUGGCUUCUCUGUUCAUCUCCUAGAAUGCGCUUGCAAGUGAAAAUGCAAGAAGUGUGCACAUAAUCUAGCAGAGAAGCACGCAAGCAUCUGUUGUGUUCACGGCGCAAAAUUUUCAGACCAACAAGAGGUAUAUAGCUCCGCUGCAAAUAUCCAACACGGAAAGUGGUAGUCUCUUGUUAAGGACAUACAAAAAUUUUCUUGUUGCCCUCUCAGGUAUUGGCUGAUUUUUCGACCCUACGAACAUAUUGUUAACAUUGAUUUACUGUAAGUGAGUCGAAUUUACUCGCAUCUGCAUGGUCAAAAGACAUAAGUUUUAAUCUUCAGGUCGCCAUCGAUAUUCAUCUGGUUAAUGUUUCAUCUUCUUCUACAGUCUGCUAGGUAGCUCCCGGCAAACUAUAUUUCUGCUCUUUCAGACCUGAGUCUGCUGUGAUGGUAGUGGCCAAUGUGUGUAGUAGUCCCUUCCCGGAAUGCAAGUAUGCUUCCUGGAUUGUAUAAACUUUCUUCUAUGUGAGCCUAAUUGGGAAAAAAAAGUGUGUGCUGUUACACUCAACAUGAAAGCUGUGAAAAGCAUGGAGCAGUGAUUAUUCUGCUCUUAUGUGGCACUCACUGGCUAGUGCACACUGGCAUUCUAAACAUGCAGCCUACUCGGCAUCCAUGGUGGGAAACGAAACCUUCAUUUAUGUUGCAGUGGCGUCCUCUGCCCUUCUCAAGUUCUAAUUGAUGUAGGACGUCGUCUCCUGUGCAGCCCAUGUGGUCUUACGUGUGCACUUUUGUGUAGUAUUGACAGUAAAGAUGCCCACCCUUUUUAUUCAUGCCUGCAGGAAGAAGCCUCCCAGCUCUUAUCUGUUUUACCAUAUAGGUCUCCCCCAAGACACCACUGGCUGGUUGAGUUCCGAGAUGUCUCUCUCCAUGCCGCUUUCAGGCCAUCAGUGCAACCACUUAUCCACAUAUGUCCCACACCUUUCACGGGAUCAUUUCCACUUGCUACACAAAUUGCCAAGGAAACCCCAUCUUCCACCCUUGUGGCAAUCUUUGACGCAGCUCAACCGCAUCAGGACGAAACAUUCAUUAUGUGGGGGUAUCGUGGAGUCUCGUAGAUGUGUUUCUGCGAGGCAUCCCAGCACACUACUACAAUGCUCCCACAACAGGACGUCAAACAACUCCUUCCAUUUCUCUUUGUGCCGGUACCCACUCUUGUUUAAGUAAAAAACGACCUGUUCUGGCAUUCCUUUGCAUUUCUCACUUGUUUUUCAUUUGCAAGCAUUCGUCUGGUGCGGGGCUUAGUUCACAGGUAGAUCAUUGCCUUGGGGGCAGGCCAGAGAUUUUAGUAUUUUUGUUUGGGUGCAUGCGUUCAUUCCUGUUCAGGGCGUUCCCUACCCCUGCCAUUUGUCCAAGAGCUUGGCUGAGCGCCACAUCACAGCCCCAGCAGCCAUGUGGGCACUUCUGUGGUGUCCCUGAUGUCUGUCUGAUGCCUCUAGGCAUGGGCCUAAAAAAGCAUACAAUCUGCAACUGAGGUAUCUGCCAAGCCUCUCUGCCAUCGUGCUGCUGUAUGGGUGUACAGCCUUUCCAUCUAUCAUAGCUCAAUUGGUCCUAACCAGUUCAAUCUUGGGGUCUGUUUUCUUAAAUCCUUUGAUUGAUUGAUAUGUGGGGUAUAAAGGAGCACUGACAUGAAAUUUCGAGA